UAAUGACAGUAACAGAAAUUACCAUAAAUGUAUCCUCUAUAGAAAGCUUAAAUGUUCUUCAGCAUAAAAUUACUACUGAACAUUGUUUAUUCUAAUUCCACCUCAGCCCCAGGAACCUCGGGUUCUCAAGGGAGCAAGUACUGAUCCCUCAGGCCCCAGCUAUAAACUCCCCAAUUAGGAAGGAACCACACAGAGAGACCAUGGUGGGCAGUCAGCCUACACCAGUUGCAGAAAGAGAAUCUGGAGGCAACUCGGGUCUGAUACUUUGUUGGUCAUGGAACAAAACAAUGGCACUCAGGCAACUGAAUUCAUUCUCCUGGGAUUUGCUGGUCAGCACAAGUCUUGGCCUAUCCUCUUCACAACAUUUCUGGUGAUCUAUGUGACCACCCUAGUGGGUAAUACUGGGAUGAUCCUACUCAUCAAGAUCGAUUCCUGCCUUCACACCCCUAUGUACUUUUUCCUCCAACACCUGGCAUUUGUUGAUCUCUGCUACGCCUCUGCUAUCACUCCCAAGAUGUUGCAAAACUUUGUAGGAACAGAAAAGUCCAUCUCAUUCACAGGAUGUAUGGUGCAAUUACUAGUCUACGGUACUUUUGCAACAAGCGACUGCUAUAUCCUUGCGGCAAUGGCGGUGGACCGUUAUGUGGCCAUCUGCAACCCACUCCGCUACCCAAUAGUCAUGACCCAGAGAGUCUGCAUUCACCUCUUAGCUGGCUCGUACUUCAUGGGUUUCCUAAAUGGCUCUGUAAAUACAAGUCUUACUUUCUCACUGAACUUUUGCAAAUCCAAUAAAAUUAACCACUUUUUCUGUGAUGAACCCCCAAUACUUGCCCUGUCCUGUUCCAACAUUGAUUUGAACAUCAUGCUCCUAACCGUCUUUGUGGGGUUUAACUUGACGUUCACAGUGUUGGUUGUCAUCUUGUCCUACUUAUAUAUCCUGGCUGCCAUCCUGAAGAUGUCUUCUGCCGCAGGGAGAAGAAAAGCCUUCUCCACGUGUGCCUCCCACCUGACAGCCGUCACCAUGUUCUACGGGACUCUCUCUUACAUGUAUCUGCACCAUGGGACCGCCGAGUCUCAAGAGCAAGAAAAAAUGGCUUCUGUGUUUUAUGGCAUCAUGAUCCCCAUGUUAAACCCCCUCAUCUACAGCCUGAGAAACCAAGAUGUGAAAAAAGCCUUGAUAGGGAUCGGAAAGAAGUGCUUCUAGUUUGAUCCUCAAUUUCUAAUUUGCUAUGCUUGUAAACAACCAGACCGACAGUGUAAUUUUUAAGAAAUCAAAGCAAAAAAAGUCAAACAACAUGGAAAAGUUGCUAAGUUUUACUAAUAUCAAGCUGCAAAUUAAAGUCACAAUGAGAUCACCACUUUCUACCCAUAUGCCUGG